AUGAUAAAUAUCGUAAAUACUUUUCAUCAUUAUUCUAGUUCCCGUUAAGUCUAUUAUUAACAGCCAAAGGAUCAGAUGUGGUAUAUAUUAAGGAAUGAUUAGAAUAGGUAAUUGAAGUUAAAGCUGGAGAUACAUAUGAUGGUAAAUUAGAAUUAUUAGAUAAAUUUAUGAAUGUGAAAUUAACCAAUGUUAAACAUACAUCAAAAGUAAUUGUUUCCCUUAUUAUCUUUAACAGGAUGGAAAUUCAUUUCAUGGAAUCAAAGAAUUGCUAAUUAAAGGAAAUUCGAUUAAGUAUUUUAGAUUGGUAUGAAUAGUAAUAUUGAUAUUUAAGAAUCCUGAUGCUGAGAAAAAGGCUUAAGAGGAAGCUGAGAUAUGUAAUUUUGCAAUUUAAAAUAGACGAAUAGCAAUAAUAGCAAAAAUAAUAAAAGCAAAAUGAAUAAAAAUAAUAAAGAAAAGCUCAAAAUUAAAAGUCGCGUGGAAAGUCUUAUCCUUAAAAGCAGCCUCAAUAGAGAAGAUGAG